AUGCCCUCCUCGCCAGCAGAGGACGAGCUCGUUGGCGCCAUCAAGACUGUGCGUGACGCACACCCCGAGCACGGCAUCGCCAAGCUCUGGGCACAGCUCAAGGUCGACAACCCCGAAUGGACCGUCUCCGAGAAGCGUUUCCGCAAGGCGCUCGCCACGGCCGGCGGUACCGCGUCGGGAGCCGGUGCGACUGCUCCAGCAGAGAAGAAGAGCGGAAAGGGAAAGGCCAAGGGCAAGGGCAAGGCCGACGGUGCUGAGCUUGUUGCUCGGACAGGUCUCGACUCGACGCUGGACAUUGACAACAUUGCACCAAAAGUCAAGGCCAAGAUGUUUGGCGGUACCCGCGGCAAGGGUCUUGUGGCCAAGAGCACGAUUGAGGCUGGCGAAGUGCUGUGGCAGGAAGAGCCAUGGAUUGCUUGCCCCGAUCCUGCCCUUGCGCCGCACCUAGUGUCGAAGCGGUUCUGUGCCCACUGCCUUGGCGAGUUCUCCAAGCCCAACCCUCCCUUGUCGCUCGAGUGCCUCACCUGCACCCACGCCCACUUUUGCAACCGCCUGUGUCUCUCGCGUGCCCGCCCAUCCGCGUCUCACCACGACCUUUUGUGCCCCGGUGUCAACCCCCUGGCUGGCCAGCUGCAAUCGCUCAUUGCCGGUCGCGAGUGGCGUUCACUCGACGUUGUGGCCCGCAUCAUUGCCAAGUGGCGCUACGAGCGUGCUUGGGGCACCCAGGAUGCUGCCGACGAGAUUACACGGCGCGUGUGGGAGGGAAUUGCGCGCGUCAACAUGGCCACUCGCGAGAGCGAAAAAGCCGACUGGGCGACGCGCGCCGAUUUCACGACGCGUCAAUGGAAGCUCGCGCACGAGUCCAUCGUUACCGCCCUCAACCCGGAACCCUUCACGCUCGCAGCGCCCCGCUCCACGCGCGGUGCACGCAAGCAGCGUCCCCUGACCGACGAAGAAGUGUCCCGGUGGUUCUCGUACGAGUCCUUCCUCGAGCUGCUGGGCAUGGUCAACAUCAACCUCGAAGACUCGGGAGGCAUGUACGCGCUGCACGCGCACCUCAACCAUUCGUGCGAUCCAAACAUCCAGGUCCGCAACCUCCCCAGGGGCUUUGUGGGGCCUACCCAACUCCCGGCUCCCUUGCCAGCACGCAACCCGCCCGGCGUGAGGGGUACCCACAAGCUGACAAUGCUCGCCCGCAACACGAUCACGCCCGGCACCGAGCUGACAAUCUCGUACGUCAACCUCGAGCUCCCGCGCGACGUCCGUCGCCAGGCUCUCCGUGACGGCUACGGGUUCUGGUGCGAGUGUGUCCGUUGUGAAAAGGAACGUGUCGAGACCGAGGCUGCAGCGCAGCCAGCGGUGACCGCGACUGCCGACGUCGUGGACGACGUGACGGCCAAGAUGGACCAGUUGGCCGUGGACCAGGACGAGACGGCCGUCGAGGACAUGCUCUAA